UUCUUUUCUUUAAAGGCCCGUCACGGAAUUCCCCAAUUUUCAGUCGAUGGUGUGGAGGAACAAGGCGGAAGUUCUAUACACAUAGCCCCUAUUUGUUUAUUCAUUUUCACACUGAUGGCUAUUUCACAGGCAGAGGUUUUCAGUUGUCUUAUUAUCUUAUACAAGCUGAUACUGUCUGCGAGAAACCGAUUUAUAUAACAGUUCUGAAGAACAUAUGGCACACUCUUACUUCCCCUUAUUAUCCAAUGGUCUAUGAGGGGAACGUAACUUGCACGUGGAUAAUCGAAGCUCAAAAUCCUAUUCAUUUUGUGGAGUUACAAGUAGACGACUCGGAAAUUGAAGAAUCUGUUGAAUGUGUUUAUGAUUCUCUGGCCAUUUAUGAUGGUAAUCAAUCGAAUUCUUCUUUAAUAAAACGUUGGUGUGGAAGAGAGAAGCCAAACAUCCUAAGCAGUCAAUCUGUAAUUCGGAUUGAAUUCCAUACAGAUGUUUCCUAUGAAUACAGAGGGUUUAAAUUCAGACUCAGAUCAGUUGACCCACGAAGCAUAUGCGGUCCAAUCAGCUUGGUUGCUGUAAAGAGUGAGGUCAAAUAUCUUACAUCUCCGACCAUCACAACACCUCACUACAGAGCUAUGUCAUGCUACUGGUUGAUUGGAACUCUAAAUAAGAAUCACAUAAUUAAGGUUUCAAUUAUUGUAUCAUCAUUCAACUCGGCUGAAGGUUGUGAGAACUCAUACCUCAAAGCAUACGACGGUUCGAGCGACCAGUCACAUUUGAUUGGACACACCUGUGGAAACAGUACACCCACCUACAUAUCAACUGGGAACCAGAUGCUGUUGACACUGAAAUCAACCAAUGUUAUCAACGGAUUCUUUCUGUCAUUUACAGCUCUAACAAAAUCCUAUGAAUGCACCAACGUUUUGUUAGAAAGUACAAGAGAAAAAUCCUACUUCGCAUCUCCAGAUUUCUCAGCUUCUUUGAAAAGUACUAACUCGUGUUCGUGGAUAGUAUAUACCCAAGUACCCGGAGAUAAGGUGCGACUUGAACUCGUAUUCACUGACAUUAUGAGUGAUGACAACUGCAAAGAUACCUACGUCGAUGUGUAUGAUGGACCAAACGAUCAAGGAUUGUUACUGAAGAAAUUCUGUGGUAGAGAAACUCCUUCCUUGAAAUCUACUGGCAGCCAUCUUUUCGUUCGACUCACUGGUCACAUUAAACAUGCAACUCGCUUCACCGCCGUUCAUUAUUCUGAACCGAAAGAAAAUAACUGCCCUGUUCUGAAGCUGCUUCAUGCCAAAAGGAUAACCCAAUUCUUCAAUGUAACACCAUUCAGUUUUCCGGAUGAUGGCAGGACUUGUAAAUGGUUUAUUUCAAACGGGGGAGGAAACGACACCAUUCUACUGCAGUUUCUUUUUACGAACAUGGGAGAAGAAAAUGAAGACUGCCAAUCAAAGUAUAUCGCUGUAUAUGAAGGUUCGCCAAACUCAAGAACACUUCUGAAAAAGUUUUGCCAUGAUGAAAAUCCGAUAUUCCAAACUGAAACGAAAUCGUUCCAUGUGAUGUUCUACUCCGAACACCCUAUAGUGGAUGUAUCAUUCGUAGCAAAAUACGAACUUCUUUCACCGACUCUUGAGUUAUAUAAUGAUUCAUAUAUGGUGGCUGAUGAUGAGAAACAGUAUUUUACAUCACCAGAUUUUUUCAACCAAACUGACAUUCCUAUGAAUAUUCAAUGGAUUGUUAUGGCAAAGGAAAUGAAUGAUGUUAUCGUUCUUGAGCUUGCUUACUCUGGAAUGCCCCAGUCUUACAAUUGCAGAGAAGCAGCCCUUCGGGUCUAUGAUAAUGUAUCAGAUAUUGAAACAGAUAAUAUGAUUGGUCAAUUUUGUGGACCGAAAACUGUUAGUAUAGUUUCUUCUACUAACAGAAUGCUGAUUUGGUACUCGGCGAACUGGUCAGCUCACAGUCGGGGUUUUAUGGCGGUGUAUUACUCAAAACCAAAAGGUACUAAAAUUCCUCAGCAGUCUCUGGAUCGAACUCCAACCAUUUGCAUCAUUCUCAUCGUGGCUGUGAUCAUAUGUAUUAUUUAUGUAUUUAACUGGUAUUGGCAGUGUUGUCGACACAACAAGAUAAACAGAUUACACACUUGGAGGACCUCUCGAAACAACUACCACAAAUUCGACAAUGAUAAUAUUGAAGAGUGAUAUUCAAAACACAAAAAUAUCAUUUACAAAAUAAAGAAGAAGAAAGUAAACAGCAGCAUUAGUAAUUACAUGUACAGAUCUAUAACUUUCACAAUACAAGACAAAGAUAAAGGAUUAUAUAUGUUUGUACAGAGCUGAUUAACUGAAAUUUUCUGAUGAAAAUAUUUUUGGUGUUGUUCCGAAUAGAGACAAUACAAUUUUUGAGAGAGAAGGGUAAAACGCAAAUGAGUUAAUUAAAUGUAUUACUGGUAAUACUCUUCUGUAUUUUUGAGAUGAGGAAUUCUGUACAUUAUUUACAUUAUUUACAUUAGACGGAUAUGUGUCCUCAUCUUGUUUAUUGUUACCAAAACGUUUCAGCUGAUUUAUUCUCUAGCUUUUUGAUAGGAUUUUGAACCCAGGACUGGUUCCAAAUCCUACCAGGACACCUGAUGAAGGCUGGAGAGUAAAUCAGCCGAAACGUUGCGGUAACAAUAAACAAGAUGAGGACACAUGUCUGUCUAAUGUAAAUAAUGUAAAUAAUGUAAAUAAUGUAUUACUGGUGUGUGAAAUGAAAGAAAGUAUCUGAAGAGCGAAAGAAAGUUUCCACUACCGCGAAAAUUGCACACAAGGGACGAAACUAUAAAUAUUGAAAGACAAUAGAUUAACAACUCUGUCUUAUUCUUUGAUUCAUUGUUCUUUCCCCAAACUGUUUUUAGACUGAAAUAUUAACAGUAGAAAAGUUCUACUAACACUAUA